GUGCACUGCAGGCAGCAAAUUGUCUACCCACCAGGCGCUUUGAGAGGUUGCAAGGGCUAAACUUGGCAGGUUCGUAGCGGCGAAUGACGGACGUACUUUGUGGAUGGUUUCUUACAAGAUGGAAGAUUUGGCAAGACUGGAAAGAGCUCGGUGGUUACUUAAAAUCGCGAUCGGCUGUAUAAUCCGCAAGCACGGUCACUACACCACCAGAGCGGAACGCGUAACACAAGGUAGCACCCUCGCCUCCGCCUCGCCGCAGCCUCGACUUCUCCCCGCUGUCGGGGCUGACGCCCACUCCCGGAACCCCUCGACCCGCCCCGGAGCCCGAGCGCUCGCAGCCCCAGGAGUGCUUCGUGCCGGACUGCCCGUGGCGGGGCCCUCAGGACCAGGCGAGCGCGCACGCCCGCGAGCGGCACGGAGCCAUGACCACGCCCGGCCCGGCGCUCCGGCUGGCCGUACCCCUCCUCGACAACCAGGACCUGGAGUUCAUGCGGCUGGUGGACACCCUGGACGAGCUGUUCAUCCUGCAGCUGAGGCGGCGCGCGGGCGCCAAGCGCAAGGUGCAGGCCGCCGUGCGCCUGCUGGGGCCCCGGACGCGCGCCGCUUCCUUCAUGUACCUGGUCCAGAUGCAGCAGGUGGGCGAGGAGAGCGCGGAGCGCGGCGCCACGCGCGUCUCCUUCCUCGUGAGCCCCGCGCACUCGUGGCUGGACCCGCCCGCCGACACCAUGCGCACGCUGUGGUCCGCCCGGCACUUCGCCAAGCCGCUGCGGCAGGACGACGAGCACCGCGUCCUGGAGCUCAGCAUCACGAUCCAGAGGGUGCAGCAGGAGCAGCAGGAGCAGCAGCAAGAGUAAGAACACGGCCACGAGCUCACAACUUGGGAAGUUCAGAGGUAUAACGCAUCGGGUGCAGCAACACUCAACAAGAGGGCAUUUCAAAAACAAAGUAUUUUAUUGUAAAAUUAGAAACGUAUUAUGAUAAAAUUAAUACAACUA